UGGGAGAAUCCCAAUGUUUUCCAACGGAUGCGCUCAGCAGCGCGGCGGCUUGAGGCGACUCCGGGAGCGACGCUCGGCGGGGGGGGGGGCGUCCCGGGAGGGGGCGACGGGGGGCCGGGCCGGCGGCCCGCGCCCCGGCUCUUCCCCACCCCGCCAGGCAGCAUGGCCCACCCCCCUGAGGCGCCCGGAGCUGCCCCCUGAGUGCCCGGUGCCGGCGGAGCGCCCCGCCGCAGCCUGCCGACGGCGCUGGGGAAGAUGCUGCCGCGGCUGGUCCUGCCCGGCUGACGCCCCGCCGCCGCCGCCGCCGCCGCACCCCCGUCCCCAUUGUCCCCCGGCCGCCUCCGGCUCCAUGAGCGCCUCCUCCUCCCCCCGCCUCUGAGCUUCCCGCCCUCCACCUCAUGGCUGCAUCGGAAGAAGGGACCGGCUGCUUUCUCCCGCGAGGCAGGUCGCAGAGUGACCCCAGCAUCCUCACCGACCCCGCGGGCCCCGGCGCCGGGGAGCACCCAGAUGAGAUGGAGCAGUCUCCUGCAAUGCGUUCUGACUACUUGGUCUCAGGGAUUCGAACUCCGCCAGUGAGAAGGAACAGCAAACUGGCAACACUGGGCAGGAUCUUCAAACCAUGGAAGUGGCGGAAAAAGAAAAAUGAGAAGCUAAAGCAGACAUCUGCAGUGCUGGAGAAGAAGAUGACAGCACGACAAGGUCGGGAUGAACUCAUUAAGAAAGGCCUUCUGGAGAUGAUGGAACAAGAUAACGAAGGCAAAGCCUGCACUGGUGACGAAGCCACGAGAGCAACGCAGAGUGACCCUCCAGCUCCUGUGUGCCAGGCACUUGCCUCAGAAGAGGUGCAGCAAGAGAGUACAAUAGCAGCCACAACGAAUGUGACCUCGCUUGGUGAGGAGCUGCAUUUGGAUGAGUUGAAAGAAGACGCAGCCAAGAAACCUUCAGCACCCACGGAAGAAUUAGAAGAUGCCAGCCUGCCAGCAUCUGAAGACAGUCCACAAGCCUUACUUGUAUCUGAAUCUACAGAUUCCCCCCAGAAACAGACAGAAGGAAACCCAGCACAGCUUCCCAGCCCUCCAUUGCUCCCAGCUCCACCACCUAAGGCAAUCUCCAAAAUCACAAAGAGCGUAACAGCAGGAAGCGAAAUAGAUGACCCAGCCAUGAAAUCUCCUCCUUCCACCAUCCUGAAGAAUUAUGUCAUUGUUAGCUCCUCCCAAAUCUCAGGACAAGCUGCCCUCUUCCAUCCCUCUGGCCAGAAAAGUUCAGAUCCCCAUGUCAGAGGACAGGUAACACCACCAACCGGUUCCCCUCACCUGGCUGCCGUCCACCUGCCUUUACCUCCCAGCAGAGUCAUUGAAGAACUCCACAGGGCUCUGGCCACCAAACACCGGCAGGACAGCUUCCAUGGAAGAGAAAGCAAAGGCUCUCCAAAAAAAAGAGUGGAUGUCCGUCCAUCCAGAACAUCUAGCAUUGAGCGCAACAAAGAAAAGGAGAACUCACUGAGUUACAGCAGUGAUUCAGAAAACAAGCGGAACUCAGUUAAAGAGUCGGAUGAGAACAAAGAAAACAUGAUCAUGAACUCAGAACUCAAGGAAGACACUGUUUUCUAUCAGGAUGAGGAAGUUUUGAAUGACUCCAUUAUUUCUGGUACUUUGCCAAGAAAAUGCAAGAAAGAACUGCUGGCAGUAAAACUACGAAACAGACCAAGUAAGCAGGAGCUGGAAGACAGGAAUAUUUUCCCAAGGAGGACAGAUGAGGAAAGACAGGAAAUCCGACAGCAAAUUGAAAUGAAACUCUCAAAGCGACUCAGCCAAAGACCUGCUGUUGAGGAGCUAGAAAGAAGAAAUAUACUUAAACAACGAAAUGAUCAAACAGAACAGGAAGAAAGAAGAGAAAUCAAACAGAGACUUACAAGAAAGCUUAACCAGAGACCUACAGUUGAUGAACUAAGAGACAGAAAAAUCCUGAUUCGAUUCAGUGAUUAUGUGGAAGUGGCAAAAGCACAGGACUACGACAGGCGAGCAGAUAAACCAUGGACAAGACUAUCAGCAGCAGAUAAGGCAGCAAUUCGGAAAGAGCUAAAUGAAUACAAAAGUAAUGAAAUGGAGGUACAUGCAUCAAGCAAACAUUUGACAAGAUUUCACAGGCCAUAGAAAUUUUCUUCUGAGAAGAAUCUGUCUUUACUUUUUGAUAUUGCUGCUGAACACAUAUCAGGGAAUAUAUAAGUCUUUCCCUAAAGUUCAGUCCAGGAUACCUUGAUGUUUAUGUGAAAGAAGGACUCUGCAGUUGAAGUCUCUGCAGCACUUACGUACAGAAGGAAACACCAGAGAUGUACUUCACUCUGAAGUCAGAAGAGCGAUGGCCUGUGGAGUGGGGCGAUCUGCUGAAAAAGACUGAAGUAAAGCUACUUGAAAGAAGCUACUACUCUCCUUUAACACUUGUUUUAAACUGUUUUGCAGUCUAUCUUGGAAAAGGAGAUGUUGUGCAUGUACAGGCUUUACCAUUCCAAGGCCUCUGACAUAAAUGGACAUGACACACUGUCAUUCAGUAUUAUGUUGAGAAGACAUUUUGAACUUACCACAAUUAGUUUGUAAAACACUUAAGUUCAUGUUCUAAAAACUAAUUUAAUGUAUUAUAAUUUCAUUCUUUUUUAUAUAAUGUCUAACAGAAUCACAGCUGCAAGCAUUUUUGAUUCCUGUUACUUUUGUUCUUUAAUUAAAUGACUACUUAUUGCAGGAAAUGAA